GCAGUUUUGGGAAAGGGCCGCAGUCUUGCGUAUUGUGGAAUUUUAGCUGUAAGGUCUUCGUAUAAGUGUAUAUUUACGUACAAAAUGGCAGAUAAACCAGUGGAUUAUACGAAUAGCAAUGGCAUCGAGAGCAAGACACCUUUUCUGAUUGGCGUGGCAGGCGGUACAGCUAGUGGCAAGUCAACAGUAUGCCAACGGAUCAUGGAGAAACUCGGCCAGCAGCAGAAAGAGCAUACAGAGAGGCGUGUCGUCUGCAUCAGCCAAGACUCGUUCUACCGUACACUGACUCCGUCAGAGAGGCUCCGGGCUGAACGUGGGCAAUUCAACUUUGACCACCCAGACGCGUUUGAUGAUAAGAAACUCCUAACUGUGCUCAAAGACAUCCUGGCUGGCAAGAAGGUGGAGGUGCCGGAAUAUGAUUACAUCACAAAUGCUAUCCACCCUCACCGCUCGCACACCAUUUACCCGGCGGACGUGGUGCUCAUCGAGGGCAUCCUCGUGUUCUACUUCCCUGAAGUACGGGAGCUGUUCCACAUGAAGUUGUUCGUGGACACUGACUCCGACACCAGACUCGCCAGGAGAGUGCCCCGCGACAUAAUGGAGCGCGGUCGUGACUUGGAGCAGGUCCUCAACCAGUACAUGAACUUCGUCAAGCCUGCCUUCGAGGAGUUCUGUCUGCCGACAAAGAAGUUUGCUGACGUCAUCAUUCCGCGAGGCGCAGACAAUUUGGUGGCCAUCGACCUGAUCGUGCAGCACAUCUCUGAGUACCUGAAGCGGAGCCCCGUGGACAAGGGCCCGCUGGAGUACGCGGGGCUCGCAUCCGUGCCUGGCAGCCCGCAGCGGGGCUCCAAGGGCGGCCGCCCGCAUUAGAUUAAGGUUUUCAAAGUACGGUUGUAGCGUUAGAAAGACGUGUCUUGCCGUGGCGGGCGCAAUGGCUGAUGCUGUAGUCCUAUCAAUACGUACAGGCAUAUUUACUCGGCACCAACAGUGCAUCAAUGUAAAAGAUAUGCCGUUCCCGGGAACAUUAACUCUGGGUACUUUAAAAACUUAAUGUGAAAAUCCCAAUUAAUAUUAACGUUACUGGAUAAUGGGAUCGGUAAACGGGAAAAACAUUGAGGAAACUCUCAAAUUGAAAGUGGGAAUGGCACAUCCCUAUGUAAAUCUGCCGUAGUAGUCUACAGAAGCCCCGCCCACCGGCUGUGCUGAGAGCACGCCCCAUUUAAGCUAUCUCUUUCACACAGCAUUAUUCAAAGAUAAGUAAUAAGCUUAUAUUGAGGCUAUAUUCAUAUUUAAAAUGAAAUAGAACAAUAGUCAUGUAAAUAGUUCACGAUCUACGUCACUGGUCGCAAUUUAGGAGCGCGCGUUCUUGCGACCUUAUUUUAAAGGACGUAGGACCCACUGUUUAAAGGACGUAGCACAUUUAUCAACCCGAAAAGGGAUAGUAACACACACUUAUCCGCAAUGUAACGUAAACGUGUCGCCUCGCAGUUGGCAGCGCGCGAAAGGCGAUACGGUCUUGAUCCCUUUCCGAGUUGGUAAGUCUGCUAUGACCAUAAAGCAAACUACUCGUAGUUGAUCAGUGAUUUUUAUGAUAAUUACAGAAUAUUAAUUAGGGUAUAAAAUUACGCACCCACAUACUUUCCAAGCAUAAAAUAACUGUAAACUCAAAGAAACUAAAAUCUCACAAUGAGUAACAUAUCUAGUAAAUAACUUUUUAGUUAAAAAUACUAGUCAAUCGGAGUAAAUUAAUGUAUUGCAACGGUAUGCUCAAUGGCAUAUGUACUUAGGUAUUUCUUAUCCUAACUAUUCGACGAAUAAAAUUAUUUUUAGAAAAAUGGCGGUGCUAUAUGUGUGCUAUUAUUUGGAGAGUUCGUAGUGUUGUGUUCGUUCAGGCGUACUAUAGCAAUACAAAAAUAUUUUAAUGUGAACAGUGUGUCAUUAGCACCUACACGUUGGCGAUUACACAAAGGCUCAAUUUAUCACCUCAUAUGUGAUUUGUCAGUUGUUUCCAUUCUAAGACCAGAAACAUUUUGUAACUUGUUAUGGGAGUCUUGAAUUAUAGCCAAAGUUGUUCUCAUUCGUCUUUGCAAAUAUGGCACAAAUUGAAAUCAAAAUAUACCUACUCGUAAACAUAGUACGCCAGUGAAGAGCACAACCGUUGUAGAGAAAGGAAAUAAAAAGUACAUCGGCGCGCUUCAAACAGUUAGAAUUUUUUUCAGUUACUGCUAUAAUUUUAUUAUUUUUAAGGUUGGAUCUGACCUAUUCAUCUCUCUUGCUAUAUUUAGCUAUGCUAACGUGAACAACAGAGUCAAAUAGGACCAAUAACUCCAUGAGGCGUAGUACAUUACUUAUUUAUGUGAGGGAACCUACCUCGAUGAUAGAAUUGAAAGCGAGAUUUAAAUACUUAUUAAAUUAAUUGCGAAUUAAAGUUAAAAAAGUUUUAAUAUGCACAUAUGAAAAGCCAAUGGCUGAUCCGCCUACUAUUGAUUAUGUGCUUGAGCCCGCACGCCGAUGUUAAUGUAAUCGACCAUCGUCAUCUUUUUUGUAGUUUCCUAAAUACUAAAUAUAAAUAUAAUUAAUUAAUUAAUUAGUAGUAAAUACAAAUAAAGAUUUCAAAUAGUACCUAGGUACCGCUGUAAGCGCGAUUAUUAUAAUUUUUAACUUUCCGACAUAGUCGAUUGCACUUCGCGAAUUUAUUUAAACACCUUAGAAAUAUCCCUAUUUAUGAUUUUAACUCAAUCUAUUUAUUAUUGAAACAAAUAUUUUAGUAUUCGUCUUUUACCUUAAUAGGCUGUUAUUAAAAGUAGGCUGAAUUAGAGAAAUGAACUAGAUUUUUGAACUUUUAGACUAAAUUUUACUAGUCAAAAACAAGUAAUCCAAAGGGCGACAAAAAUUUUACUAAUUAGUGAAUGUUAUUUGUUUAUUGUUUUAAGGAAUUGCUGUGUCUUUUGUUGUUUGUUUUAAGUAAGAUUAGAUUCUUUAGAUAGAUAGGCAAUUAAUAAUAGCUGUCAAGAAAUAAUACACACACUGAUCUUGGAAAAAAGAUUCAAGAAAGUCAAGAAUGACUUCGGGGCCUAAAAAAAAGUAAUUAGUUUUCAAUCAUAUCUUCACAGCAUAAGGUUCAAAUUGAUGUGGUCUCUGUGGAUACCAGAGCCUGGUUAAGGGUUAUGGAAAUAUAAUUUAGGUAAAACAUUAUUUUAAAUCCGCCGCCGUCUAUUUCUAAAAUCUUUAAAGGUCGAAAGCACACUAGCGCUACAUAGAGUCAAGAGCAAUGCUGCCACCUUAGCGCUUUCGGAGUUAAAUCUAGCGCUUUUUUGGUACACUUAGCGCUGAAAUUUCAAUAUUAACUCCUAGCGGAAAAUAUAGCGCUUUUUUGGCAGACCUAACUAUAUGGUUUAAACGUUUUUUAUUGUUUAAGAUAUUUUCAGUGCUGCCAUAAAGAAAUUUAAUUUUAGAUUCCGCGCCACCAUAGAAGUCCCGCGGCGAAAAAACUGCUCUUACUGUCCGCUGACAGCGCCACUCCUGCGGGAUUUUUUGGUGGCGCGCACUCUACUCACUGCUCACUGUUUCACUCGUGUUCAAGGAUUAUCUUACUUUAUUUUUGUUUAUGCAAUCUAGCGGAAUCUAGCGCUAUUUUCAAGCACUUUUAGCGCUCACUGGCUUCAGAGAGGUGGCAGCACUGGUCAAGAGACGUCUCAUGUGUAUUAUUUCUUAGCGAGCAUUAUAGUAAAUUAGACAAUAAGCGCCUGUCUUUGUACAUGUUGGAGACGAGUAACUACACUCGUGAGCAAAACUAUGGAAUCACUUACAUGAAGUUGUUUCCACGCCAUCUUGUGUACUAACGAAUUUGUUAGUAACAAAAAAAGUGACACCAUUUUAAAGACUAAACUUUUAACUUUAAAUUGAUACCAAAUUCAUUUAAAUCACACCAGUAUUUAAAAAGAUAUCCCGGCUGAUGUGAAGAAGUAAGGAAAAAGACAUGUAUCAACUGUUUGAUACGUCGCGAGGUGCGGCCUAUUUACCCCCUAUAAAAUCACGUGUUUUCGGAUUUUUGCUUUCACACGUUGAUCCAUAUGUUAUAGUCAAACCUCGAAGUUCCGGCACUCCUAGGUUUGACUAGUCAAUCCUCAGGUCUGACUAGAAGUCUUAGUCAAAGCCCAAACAUUUCGGCCUUUGACUAAAGAAUGUCAGUCAAACCUAGGAGUAACUAAUUUGGUUAGGCAAACGUCGAAACUCAAUUUAAUGAAAUCGGGGUUUGACUAGUCAAACCUCAAUUAAGACUUUAAACUAAACUAUACUUUAUUCUGAUCUCGAAUUUAUUGCAAAGGCGUUACGGUCGGUUCUUUAGGUGAAGGUACGAAAAACUAAAACUAUUUACUGCGGUUGUUUGUCAGUGUUUCUAGACCGAUCUUGAAAUUACUAAUUUUUAGGGUUCUGUUACCUUCAACUUUAAGGUAACAGAAGGUCAUUUAAGGCUUAAAGGAUAAAGAGUUAAAACGAGACCCUAUUACUAUGACUUCGCUAAAUGUUGUCUGUCACCAGGCUCGUAUCUCAUGAAUCAUUUUCAAAAGAUUUAGUUUUUUUAUUCACUUUAAAAAUAAAUAAAUCAAUAAAAUACUUAAAUAUUUAAGGGGGGCUCCUAUACAGCAAACGUGACUUUUUGCAGUUUUCUGCUCGAAUUUAAAUUAAAACGUAAACAGGUGAACCCUUGAAAUAUUCACAUAUUAUCUACUUUAAAAAUAAAUCAUAAAAUUAAAAUAAAAGAAAUAUUAAAAGGCUCCCAUACAAGAACAGAGUCGCACGGAACCCUUCGUGAGCGAAUCCGACUCGCACUUGGCCGGUUUUCUAUUUGCUGUCUACUUCUGACCGAGUCUGCCAGUCGUUUCUAGGAUUGACUAGGCAAAGCCCGAAACAGAUUAUUAUAGUUUCGACGUUUGACUGAACAGUUUAGGCACUUCUAGGUUUGACUUAGUCAAAGGCCGAAAUUAGUAAUCACUUCGGAGUUUGCCUGAAGGCCUUGGUCAAACCUAGGAUAAACCAGUCAUUCCGCGAAGAGACUGCAUAUUGACCUUUGACUAUGACACAUACACAUCUCCGCUUCUUUUGACACUUUACCUGGGAAUCUACACCUUCAGAAGCAGCACAAAUCGUUGCACUAUUGCAAGAAGGGCUCAGCCAGCGGGCUGUCGCACGUCAGCUCCACAUAAGCCAGUCCUGGGUUUCGAAAGUUUUAAGACGCUUUCGGGAGACUGGUGGCUUUGUCCCGAGACCAAGUUCUGAACAGCGCCGGUGCACAUCGCAGAGGGAUGACCGUUUUUUCAUGUCAACCUCUCUAUGAAAUCGUCAUUUGACUGGUAUCAACGUCCAGCAAGAGCUCAGAAAUGUUCGUAGGAUAGCUGUUAGCCAGUGGACAGUUCGUCUAAGAUAUAAGCAAUAGAAUUUGACUCCAAAAAGGCCUGCCACAGGCUCGAAACUGACGGCAGGUCACCGAUAAGCACGCUUUCAAUUUGCUCGUACACAUCUCGAUGGGAAGUCGAGCAAGCCACCCUCAUUAGCCACUGUUUCAGCGAACCAGCACUGCACAAAUCGCUCCCCUGGCCGCCUAUAGACCCGACCUCUUCGUCUGCUGCACUGCAAACACAGUCUGCAUUCAUUGGAGAACAAAACUCGCCUCCAUUACUCGCCUUCCCAUCAAAAUAAGUGCGAGCUAAUUAAAAGCGUGCUAGUCGGUGACUUGCCGUCAGUUUCGAGCCCGUGGCAGACCUUUUUGGAGUCAAAUUAUAUUGCUCAUAUCUUAGACGAACUGUCCACUUGCUAACAACUAUCAUACGAACAUUUCUGAGCUCUUGCUGGACGUCGAUAUCAGUCAAAUAACGAUUUCAUAGAGAGUUUGACAUGAAAAAACGGUCAUCCUUCUGCGAUGUGCACCGGCGCUGUUCAGAACUUGGUCUCGGAAUAAAGCCACCAGUCUCCUGAAAGCGUCUUAAAACUUUAGAAACCCAAGACUGGCUUAUGUGGAGCUGACGUGCGACAGCCCGCUGGCUGAGCCCUUCUUGCAAUAGUGCAACGAUUUGUGCUGCUUCUGAAGAUGUAGAGUCCCAGGUAAAGUGUCAAAAGAAGCCGAGAUGUGUAUGGAUCAACGUGUGAAAGCAAUAAUCCGAAUACACGUGCUUUCAUAGGGGUAAAUAGGCCGCAACUCGCGACGUAUCAAACAGUUGAUUCAUGUCCUUUUCCUUACUUCUUUACAUCAACAUGGA